AUGGACUUCUCAGCAGAACUCAACUCCAGCACACAAGUCCAAGGUGGUACAGGACUGGUGCGCAGCGCACUUCCCAGACCUCAUCUCGUCGGACGAUUGGCCCCCAAACAGUCCAGCUCCAAAUCCAUCGGACCAUUCCGUGUGGUCAGUUCUUAA